AUGUUGUUGUUCAGUAAGCAACAUCUCCCUACAGUCCAUCCCUGGAACCCCUUACGACUUCAACAAGCAUUGUCCUUUCUGGUUUUUCAUUGGGAAAUUAUGUCAAAAGCCUUUUAUGGCAAUGAGCAACAACUCGAAUGGCUGAAUGCUGUUCGGGUCGGAACCAGGGAAUUCAUUGCAUUUAAUAAUACCCAGUCCAACAAAGAUGUUGAUAAAAUCGAAGGUUCUAGCAAGGAUGUGUUUCAAGUCGUCGAGGUUGGUUUCUCUAAACCUCGCCCAGGUGCAGAUUUGGAGUUAUUUUGGAAGCCUGCAAGAAAGGUUAUCGCUCAAAAGCUUCAGAACUGGAGAGACUAUUCAGCAAAGAAAUCUCUUCACUUAGAUCAGGCGGAAGGCAUUCCCGGUCGAAGUGAAUAA